UCAGUGAGCAAAACUACAACUUGCAGAUUAUAGCCGGGGGCUGCUUUAGGAUCAAUGUUGUGCCAACACGUUGGAAAGUCUGCGUGGGGGUGACUGCCUGCUUCAUCAAUCUGUCAGAGCCAUUUCCUGAUCACUGCCCUGCUCUGCUGCUCUGUGUGACGAAAAAGAAAAACCUCUAUGAUUGAAAGCACUCCAACUGUUCUGGCGUCUGCUUUAAUGCACUGACUCCUGUGGGGAAGAGAGAGGUUCUUCUGAGAAGACAAGCUUCUUAGCCUGGAUUCAACAUGAGGAAGGAGCGUCUGUGAUGGUGUGUGAUGGUGAGACUGUGGUGGCCACAGGGUUUUCCUUGGAGGAGGUGCAGGAAGCACAAGAGGGUGGGCAGUGGAUUGUUCAGGAACAAAAAUCUGCCUUGAUGCUUUUUAUUGGUUCCUCUGGUCAGGCAGUGGGAGGAAGUUUUUUCCUCAGCUUAUUCUUUAGAUUUCUGAGUGUUUUUGCAUCUUUAUGUGACUCUAACCUGUAAAAACAAGAAGACUUGAUCCAAAUCUUAAGGAGUUAUUUUAUUCGUCUGUAGAGUCACCCAGGAGGUCAUGCCAGGCAGCCCAGAGAACAUCCCACUGGGGGAGUGCACACUCUCCCAGUCCCAGGACCAGCUGACACCCCCGAGCCAUGAAGUGAGCACAGUCUUCACUCUGUCCCGUAGUGAGUCCCUCUGGACCACAGACCCCCCACCGAAAAAAUGUGAAGUCUUCUGGUUUCCCAUUCACUUCAUGUCCACUGGAGGGAGCUUCCUGGCCUGCGGCAUCGUCAUCAGCGGCCUUUACUUUGCCGGCCAGUGCAAGAAGGUCACCAACAUCCUGGGACCGGCCCUGCUCUCCGUAGGGCUGAUGAUUUUUGUGGUGGGAAUGGUCCUCAUCCCGAUCACUAAGGAGAACAGAAAGUCAAACAUGAAGAGGCCCCUCAGUUAUUACAAACCCCCGGUUUUUAAUGUGUGAUGCUCUGAAUCAUUUCCUACAAAACCUCAAUGACUGGGAGAGAAAAACAUGUUCAGCAUGGGAUAUACCGGAAAUAUUACUGAUGUGAUUCAGGGUGGAGGCCUUUCUGUUAACCUGGCUCAGCAGAACUCACCUUGCUGUCCUGAAUGUGCAUGAAUAUAUUGGCAUCAGCUGCUGAGAACAGAUGAGACAAUAAAAGGGGUUUUAAAAAAUGCAUUUAUUAAAACAUUUACUGACAUUUUGUUCAAGAGGAUCGAAAACAAAGAGACCAUUUUAAACAUUCAUGGGUGAAACAAGUGAAUGAGUAAAGUUUUCUAAUGUUGUAGUGAACAUGCUGACUUCUGAA